AUGGCGACGGACCCCGCACUCGGCGCGUACCUCGCCGCGCUUUUGCCGGCGGUGCUCGGGGGCGAGGCGCACCCAUUGGAAAAUGAAGAGGGCGAGGAGAGCUUCGCCGAGGUCGCCGACGCGUUCUGCACCGACGCGGCGCUCCCAGUGGUGUUUGUAGACCAAUACUAUCGCGAGGGACACAUCGCGUAUGGCCUCGCGCGGCGGCCGACAUACGAGCCGCCGGGGCAGGUGUCGAGCGUGGCGCUGGUCAAGCGCCAUGCGCACAUCGACACGCAGGCGCCGCUCGCGCCCCAGCUGCGCGUCGUGACCUUGGUGAGCCCGGCGGAGGAAGAGGCGCAGCACGCGCUCCUCGAGACGCCGUACGAGGCGCUGGAGACGGUGGUGCACAGCGUCAUGACGCCGUGGUUCGAUGCGUACGCGUCGCACGAGCGCGACCAGGAAAAACGCGCAAAGGAGGACGAAAUCCCGAUGGUCAAGCGCAAGUUUGCCGAGCUCGAGCUCUCGCUGCGGCACCUCCAGCAGAGCGUCGAGAUCCCGCAGGUGGUCCUUGCGAUCCACCCUGCGAUCCGCGCGGCCGUCGAGACGUGCGCGGCGGAAAAGCGGCCGGUGUCAACCGACGCUGUCGAGCCCACAUCGCUCCUCACCGACGACCAGUUCGUCAAUGAGCUGCACGCCGAGAUGAACGGGUGGGUACGCGCCGUCCAGAAGGUGACCAAGCUCGACCGCGACGCGUCAAGCGGCACGGCGAUGCAGGAAAUUCACUUUUGGAACGCGAUGGAGCACGCCUUGGAGGACCUCGAGGGACAGCUGCACGCCCCGGGCAUCACGCUCACCCUCGAUAUCCUCACGACCGCAAAGCGAUUCCAUGCUACGGUCUCGUUUCACGCAGACACCGGCAUCAAGGACGCACUCGAAAAGGUCAAGAGCUACAAUGUGUUGAUGCGCGACUUUCCCUUGCCCGAGCUCCUCGCAGCGACGACACUGCCGACGUGCAGCGACGCGCAGCGCGCCAUCUUUACGACGCUCACCAAGAAACUACGCGUGAGCGCGUACCCGGUCGCCCGCGCACUUGCGUUUGUCGAGGCGAUCGGGUGCGAGGCGACUGCCGCGCUGCUCCGCAUCCUCGCGUCGCUUGCGCCGAUGCACCUCGCAUACGACGGCUGCAAGGCGGUCCUGGAAGAGGCGCUGCACGUCCUCCAGGAAUGGGACGAGCACGUCAAGGAAUUCGUCUAUCUCGCGCGCGACCUCACGCGAAAGCGCGGCGAGAAGCUCAUCCCGAUCAAGGUCGCGGCCGCACACGCGCCGCUGCGCGCGCGCCUCGAAUACCUCCAGCGCUUCCGUGCGGCGCACGAGGAGCUCGCCGAGAUGGCCGACGUCGGCCGCGCUUGGUCGUCGAGCACCAACGUGCCGCUCCUCACCGAGCUGCACGCGGCCCUCGACGGAAUACGCGCCGUCGACACGCUCGACGUGUCGGAAAAGGGUACCGAGACACUCGCCGCGGCCGAGGCGCAGUACAAUGCACGUAUCGCGCACGUCGAGAGCCAGCUCAUCGAGAAGCUGCGCACACUUCUCGCACACGCUCAGUCCGCCCGCGAGCAGCUGCGCGUCCUCGCCCAGUGCAACCGGCUGUUUGUGCGUCCCAAGGUCCGUGCAGCGGUCCAAGAGUACCAGCAGGUGCUCCUGCAGAGCGUACAGGCGGAUAUUAGCGCGCUCCAGGCCAAGUUCCGCGCAGGCUUCCGCGGCUCGGACGCGCACCUCGCCGCCCAGCUGCGCCACCAGCCCGAGAUUGUCGGCGCGAUCGUGUGGGCGAACGAGAUCGAACGCCAGCUCCAAGUAUACCUCCAGCGCGUCCAGGACGUGCUCGGCACGGGCUGGGAACACUAUGCGGACGGCCAGCGGAUCUACGCAGAGAGCACGACAUUUGCUCGCAAGCUCGAUACACGCCCGCUUCUCGCGGCCUGGUCGCAGGACGCGGCACGGCGCGGCACGCACAUCACCGGGCCGCUGCUGCGCGUCGCCGCCGAUCGCGCGACACGCGAGCUGCGCCUCGUGGCCAACUACGACGCGCAGGCCUUUGUCUUUGCGGACGAGGCACACGCACUUACCAUGCUCGGCAUGGCGAUUCCCCAGGCGCUCGUGAGUGCCGCACUCGACGCGCGGCGCAUCUACCCGUUUGCGCUGACGGUCGUGCACGCCCUGCGCACGCUCGAAAAGGUGCAGACGCAGAUGGAAAGCCUAAAACCCAUGGCGCCGCUCCUCGCACAGGCCAUUGCCGAAAUGCACGGAUUGCUGGCCCAGGCGAUGCAGGCGCGCUGGGAGCGUUUUCUCGACUCGUACAGCAGCGUGUAUGCGAGUGCCAGCGCGGAUGCCUUGCGCGAAAAUACGCAGGUAGCGCUGAUCGAGCAGCUCGCGGCCGCUGCCAUUGUGCUGGAAGGACACGCACAGCGCCUCGCCGCCGCCUCGGCUGACGUCGAGGGCGUGCUCGAGCGCAUGCACGCGUGCGCGUACGACCGCGCGGCGUUUUCGACGCACAUGGCUGCAUUGCAGGAGCACAUCGACGCUCUGAGCCUCGCAGCGUACCCCAACCUCGCCGCGUGGGUCGCCGCGCUGGACGAGCGCGUGGAAAAGGUCCUGCACCAGCGCCUCGUCGCAGAACUGCACCACUUUUACGCCUCGCUCGCGGCGCGUACAGAGCGCACGCCAGUCACCCUUUCCGUGCGCCUCGCCAGCGCCAGCCUCACGCUCGAGCCGCCGCUCGCACAUGCGCGCAGCCACUGGUACAGCGUAUUGAAUGAGAUCCUAGCGGUGGUGCUCGACGUGCCGCGGCCGCAUGCAGGCCGCUACGACCUGCUGCAGGACGCGUCCAAAGCGACGUACAGCGCCCUCUUGCGCCGUGUGCCGAGCGCCGCACUCACUGCGCCACUCGGGCGCCUCGAGACGCGCCUCACCGAGGCCGACGCGUACGCCGCGACCUGGCUCCAGCUCCAGUUCCUCUGGGACGUGGAGCCUGACACGGUCGCGGCCGACCUCGGCACGGACCUCGAGGCGUGGCAUGCAGUCGCACAGCGCCUCCGGCAGACGCGCGCGCUCGUCGAUGGGCGUGCAGUGCGCCGCUCUUUUGCGCUGGUCGACGUCGAUGCAGAGCCGGUGCAAGCACGUGUCGCGGCAAAGCUCGAUGCGUGGGAGCGCAGCCUCUUGCAGCACUAUGCGGACACACUCGGGGCGGCGAUGCGCGAGGCGCACACGUCGCUCGCAGAGGGCCGCCGGACGCUGGAGCCGAUGCACGUCGCCGGCGCAUCAACCGCGCAGGUCGUUGGCCUGAUCACGCUCGUGCAGCGCCUCACGACCGAGGCGCAGCAUGUCGCCCCCACCCUCGAUCUGUAUAACGCAGGGCAGGCGGCACUGCAGCGCCAGCGUAUGCAGCCCUCGGCGUGGCUGCACGCCGAGCAGGUCGCCGGCGAGCACGCUGCGCUGCAGCAGCUGCUUGCUGCGAAGCGUGCAUUGAUCGAUGCGGAGCACGAGUCGAUCCACAGCCAGAUUUCCGCCGAAGACCGUGCGGUUGGCACCAAGAUCGACGCGCUGACCACCGCGUGGGCAGACGAGCGCCCGGUACACGGCUCGGUGCCGGUCGCCGAAGCGCUGCAGACGCUAAACACGUUUGCGACGCGCCUUACCGAGCUCCAGGGCGCAAUUGCACAGCUUGGCCUUGCCCAGGAAGCGUUUGGCAUCACACCACGCACCGACGCAGGUCUUACUGUCCUCGCCGAGGAGCGCGACGAGCUGCACGGCGUCUGGGGCGCGCUCGCCGACGUCUGGCAGCAGCUCGACGAGGUGCGUGCGACGCCGUGGGCAGCCGUUAACGGCCGCCAGGUGCGCCAGCGCCUCGAAAGUCUGCUGCGUACCUGCCGCGCGAUGCCGAGCCGCAUGCGCCAGUACGCCGCGUACGAGCAUGUGCAAGAGGAGCUGUCCUUCCUGCUGAAACAUGUCGCCCUCCUCCAGGAGCUGCAUGGCGACGCUUUCCAAGAGCGGCACUGGCGCGCGCUGUACAAGGCGCUCGGCAAACGCUUCCUCCCAUCUGCGCAGACGCUGGGGCAGGUAUGGGACCUCGACUGGCACGCGAACCUCGCGACGAUCCGCACGAUGCUUGCCGAUGCGCAAGGCGAGUAUGCUUUGGACGUGUACCUGCAACAGGUGCGCGAGGCAUGGACUGGCUACGGACUCGAGCUCAUCAAUUACCGCAACGAGUGCAUGCUGAUCCGCGGCUUUGACAGCCUCUUCCAGCUCGCAGCCGAACACGCCAAUGGGCUGCGUGCGAUGAGCGCCUCGCCGCAUUACCGUGUCUUUGAAGAAGAGGCACGGCGCUGGGAGGAGCGCCUCGCGCGCGUGCAGACGACCUUUGACCUCUGGGCGCGUGUCCAGCGCCAGUUUGUUUACCUGAAUGGCAUCUUUUCGGCGAGCCCGGAAAUCCGACACAUGCUCCCGAUGGAGAGUGGGCGCUUCCAGAGCAUCAGCACCGAGUUCCUCGCGCUGCUGCGCCGCGUACACAAGACGCCGUACGUGCUCGAGGUUGUGCAGCAGCCCGGCCUCGAGUCUGCACUCGAGCGCCUCGACGAGCUCCUGCACAAGAUCCAAACGGCGCUUGGCGAGUACCUCGAGCGCGAGCGCGCACGCUUCCCCCGCUUCUACUUUGUCGGCGACGAGGACCUGCUCGAGAUGCUGGGCAACAGCAAGGAUGCCGCAAGGGCCGCCAAGCACUUUUCCAAGAUGUUUGCCGGCCUGCAUCGCGUCGAGGAGGCCAACGGUACUAUUUCAGCCGUCGCGACGCGCUCGGGCGACCGUCUCGCCCUGGAGAGCCCUGUUGUGGUGAACGAGUAUAGCGGAGUGCACGAGUGGCUCGGCGCGCUCGAAGCGAGCGUCCAAGCGACGCUGCGUACGCGCCUCGUCGAUGCCGUCGCGUCGCUGGAGCGCGUCGACGACGAGGCACUGGUCGCCUGGCUCGGUGCGUAUCCGCCUCAGCUUGUCGUACUUGCCUCGCAAAUCGUCUAUACGCGCCGCGUUGAGGCGGCGCUUGCCACCCGCACGUCGCUCGAAGCGGUGGCACAGCCGCUGGAAGCGCGUAUCGCGUUCCUUGCUGAGAACGUGACCAAGGUGGAUGCGGCCGUGCGCCGCGCAUGCGAGCAGCUCCUUACGCUGCUCACGCACCAGUCAGAAACCCUUUCUGCGCCAUCGAUGCGCAGCUGCGACAGCCCGGACGCGUUUGCGUGGCAGUACCAGCUUCGGCACUAUCUCGACGGAGAUUGCGCUACAGUGCGAAUGGCGCACACGUCGUUUGCGUACGGCUUUGAACUGCUGGAUACCGGCGAGCGGCUCGUGCACACGCCGCUCACUACCGCGUGCUUCACGACGCUGACGCAGGCGCUGCAUGCGCGCUGCGGCGGUGCGCCUUUCGGUCCCGCUGGCACAGGCAAGACGGAGACGGUCAAGGCGCUUGCGCACGAGCUCGGGCGUCUCGUGCUUGUCUUCAACUGUGACAGUCAAUUUGACGGGCAAGCGAUGGCGCGCAUCUUUGCGGGCUUGUGCCGUGUCGGCGCAUGGGGCUGCUUUGACGAGUUCAACCGUCUGGAGGAGCGCGUCUUGUCGAGCGUCUCGCAGCAGAUCCAGGCGAUCCAGCAGGCGCUUGGCGGUGCGCAGACCGCCGAGCUGAAUGGCGUGCCGGUCACGGUACAUGCGCAUACUGGCGUGUUUGUCACGAUGAACCCCACGUACGCCGGUCGCUCGCACCUGCCAGAUAACCUCACGCAGCUCUUUAGGAGCGUCGCGAUGACCGCGCCAGAUAUGCGCCGCAUUGUACAGGUACUGCUGCUGGUGCACGGCUUCCAGCACGCCCAGGCGCUUGCGUCUAAGAUGGUGCUCCUCUUCCAGCUCUGUGGCGAGCAGCUGAGCCGUGCGGCGCACUACGACUUUGGCCUGCGUGCGCUCAAGGCCGUGCUGCGCCGCGCCGCGGCCCUCUGCCGCAGUACGACGUUGCCGAACGACACGACGCGCCUCGAUGUCGAGCAGCGCAUCCUCGUACAGAGUGUGCACGAGAUCCUUCCGCCGAAGCUCGCGCAGGACGAUGUGCCGCUGCUUACGGCGCUUGUCCAGGACGUCUUCCCUGGCGUCGCGUACGAGCCUGCGGCGCUCGAGACCUUGCACAAGCAUCUCGCCGACGUCUGUGCUGAGCAGCACCUCAUGCCCGGUGCCUGGCUCGACAAGGUCGUGCAGCUGUACCAGAUGCAGUUUGUCUCGCACGGUGUGAUCCUUGUCGGUCCGGCUGGCUCGGGCAAAACGCGGGCAUGGCAGGUCCUGCGCGAGGCACUCGCGCGCGCCGACGGCGUCGAAAGCGUCGCGUACACGCUCGAGCCCAAGGUGUGGAGCAAGGAGCACCUGUACGGCACGCUCGACGCGACGACGCGCGAAUGGACCGACGGCCUGUUCACCUCGAUCCUGCGCCAGAUCCGCGAGAAUAUGCGACGCGAGAGCGACAAGCGCCACUGGAUUGUGUUCGACGGAGAUAUCGACCCCGAGUGGGUCGAGAAUUUGAACAGUGUCCUCGAUGACAACCAGAUGCUCACGCUGCCGACUGGUGAGCGCCUCGGCCUCCCCGAGAACGUGCGUCUGUUGUUUGAGGUGGACAGCGUGGAGCAUGCGACGCUUGCAACCAUUACGCGCUGCGGCAUGGUCGCUUUUGGCGCCGAGCUCGUAUCCCGCGAGGCGCGCUUGGAACAUGCGCUUGCCGGGCUCGCCCGUGUGCCGCUGGGAGGCGACGAGGAGUUUGUCUCGAUUGCAAGCCCCGAAGCGAGCGCUUCCGUGCCGCAGUGGACUGCCGACGCAAUCCGCCCGUACUGCGUGCCGGGCGCGCUGGUGGACAAGGUCCUCGAUGCUGCGUACGCACACGACCACAUCAUGCCGCUCGACGACAGCCGCGCAAUUGCGACGCUCUUUUCGCUGAUGCGCCGCGCUGCGCGCCAAGUCCUGUCGUACAAUGUGCGCCACGCCGACUUUCCCCUGCGCCAGGACCAGGUGACGGCGUAUUGCCGGCGCAUGCUGUGCGUUGCGCUUGUGUGGGCGUGCGCAGGCGAUGCGCCGCACGCGGUGCGUACGUCGCUGAGCGAUGUCGUGCGUAUGCACGCAGACGUCGACGUUCCGAAUGGCGCGCUACUUGACUACGACCUUGAGCUUGGCGCCGAGGUGCGCUGGAAAGCGUGGGCGGACGAGGUGGCGCACGUCGAGGUCGAGACGACGGCCGUGGCACGCGCCGAUGCCGUUAUUCCGACGCUCGAUACGGUGCGCCAGGAGGCGCUGCUGUAUGCCUUCCUGCUCGACCACCGCCCCGUGCUGCUGUGUGGUCCGCCGGGUUCGGGCAAGACGAUGGUGCUCUAUGCGACGUUGCGGCGCCUUGCCGACGUGACGCUCGUCGGGCUGAACCUGAGCAGCCAGACGACGCCGAAAGCGCUGCUCACGCUGCUCGAGGAGCACUGCGAGUACCAAAAGACGCCGUCAGGCACGCGCCUCGUGCCGAGCCAGCUCGGACGCCGCCUCGUGGUGUUCUGCGACGAGAUCAACUUGCCUGCGCCGGACGCGUACGCGACGCAGCAUGUCAUUGGCUUCUUGCGCCAGCUCGUCGAGCAGCGUGGCUUCUGGCGCGAGCGCACCUGGGUCGCCCUGGAGCGGAUCCAGUUUGUGGGAGCAUGCAAUCCCCCGACGGACCCCGGGCGUACGCCGCUGAGCAUGCGCUUCCUGCGCCACGCCCCUGUGAUCAUGGUCGACUACCCCACGAAGCCGUCGUUGCACCAGAUCUACCAUACCCUCGUCCGCGCCGCGCUGCGUGCGACGCCAAACUUGCUGGGCUACGCCGAGGCGCUCACGUCUGCCAUGGUCGACUUUUUCCUCGCAUCGCAGCAGCGCUUUACACCUGAGAUGCAGGCGCAUUAUAUCUACUCCCCACGCGAGCUCACGCGCUGGGUGCGCGGCAUCUACAAAGCGAUGAGCCGUACGGAGCUUGCGGCGCUGCCCGAGCUUGUGCGUCUCUGGGCGUACGAAGGCCUGCGCCUCUUCCAGGACCGCCUCGUGGAAGAGAGCGAGCGCCAGUGGACCGAUGCAGCGCUCGACGACGCGGCCAAGGCCGCGUUCCCCGCGCUGGAUGUCGCGACGGUGCUCGCGCGUCCCAUUCUCUACUCCGACUGGCUCUCGAAAGACUACCGGAGUGUCGAGCGUGCGCCGCUGCGGCAGUACGCCGAGGCGCGUCUGCGUGGCUACUCGGAGGAGGAGCUCGACACGCACCUCGUCUUGCACAACCCCGUGCUUGACCUGGCGCUCGGCUGCGACCGUGUGCUGCAGCAGCCCGGCGGGCACCUGCUGCUGAUCGGCGUGAGCGGCUCGGGCCGCACGACCGUGGCGCAGUUCUGUGCGUGGCUGCGUGGCCUGUCGCUGUACAGUGUGCCGACCGCGCGGUCGUACCGCGACGAGGACUUUGACGAGGACCUGCGCAAGCUCCUCAAGCGUGUCGGCGUGCGUGGCGAGCGUGUGUGCUGGACGAUGGACGAAGGACAGGUCGCGCAUCCUGCGCGCCUCGAGAAACUCAACACGCUGCUGGCGAAUGCCGAGGUCGCUGGGCUGUUUGAAGGAGAGGAGCAUACCGCGCUCCUUUCCGCGCUGCGCGACGCGGCGCAGCGCGAAGGGCUCAUGCUCACGGCGGAAGACGAGCUGCUGACCUUUUUCCGGACGCAGAUCAUGGCGAAUCUGCACGUGGUGCUAACGAUGAACCCCCCCCAUGGCGGUGUCGGCGCCAAGGCGACUGCGUCGCCUGCGCUCUUUAACCGAUGCACGUUGGUCUAUUGUUGGUAG